CAACCACAACAAGAGUCACCAAAAGCAAGUAACGGUCACACACACAUUCAUAUACAGUAACACAUAUAUGUACGCUUGCGAAAGCACGUCCUUUCUCAGAAGCCCACCCAUGUGAAUAUACACACCCAUAUAGAUAUGUGCAAAGACAUACACACUCGAAUACAAAUAAAAGCAUGCACACACACACACACACACACAAACACAUUCACACAAACUCUCUCAUACAGGCAUGCGCACAUGCGCUCCCACUUGCAGAUACAAACAGAUAAGAGGGGAAACAUCUACUCACACAGCUCCCCUGUUUCAAAACAGCAACAUGGAUUUUGACUACCAGAUGCUGAAAGAUGUAGAAGGUAAACAAAGAGAGGAACGCAUCAGCACGUUGCCCAUCCCAAUGCCACGACCUUCAGGUGCUCAAGACCAGCCCGCGAGCCACAAGCCUCCAGUCAAACCCCGCAGGAGCCUUAAGUGCCGCCCUGUGGCACAACAGGAACGUGGACCUCCUAACCCUCCAGCCAAUCACGUAACAAAUGAGGUGGUGGCAAAGCGUUUGUCCCCAGCGAUGAUGCUGGGCCCCGCGGGGACCCUGGAGGCCCUCUCCCCAUCCCUGCGUGCUCAUACUCUGCUGUGGUUCCACCGGAGCCAGCUGCCUCGUCUGCAAGUGCAGGGCCAGCCCCUGCCGCGCUGGCUCCACGGCUUUGCCACACGCAGGGAGGCAGAGCAGUUACUCCAUGAUCAGCCACUUGGCUGCUUUCUGCUGAGGCUCAGUGAGUCAAAGAUUGGCUUUGUGCUCUCUUACAGGGGUCAAGACAGGUGUCGCCACUUCAUCAUUGAGGAAGAGGAUGGUGGUCCUUCAGGUAAAGGGGAGAAAUACCUCAUUGCCGGGGAAAACAGUCGCCAUUGCAGCCUUGAGGAGCUCAUCACGUACUAUACACACAAUCCUGUGGGGCCCUUUGAUGAAAUGCUGACAGUACCCUGUACUAAGGCUAAUGGACUCAGUGAUGACAUCAUCAGAAAGGGUGUCGGGGAAACAAAGCAAGGCAAAGAGACAUGCGGUCAAGACUCAGUUGCACACUCUCCAAAGCCUGCCUUAACAUCAGUCCCAGAGCCUGGUGAGUCAACUCCCAGGGACAUACCAGAGUAUGCUGUGGUGAGGAAGGCACUGAAGAAGUCCCACUCCCUGCCAGAGACUGUGAAUGUGCCGGUCACAGCGCCCCCUGGUUUGCAGCAGGUGUUCAAGCCACCUUCUUGUUACAAGGAGGACACUGUGUGCCAUGACAGACCCAGUGGUGAGAGUGAUACCCCUGCAACCAACAACCCCACUGAUGCCGCAUACGCCCGUGUCAACAAACCUCCGCGAGCCAUGACCCAGACUCCACUGGCUUCUGUCAGCAGUUCAGCCUCCACCCUGCAGGGGGCGAUGGCUCACUCUGCCCCUACAUCGCCACAGGCCUCAGCAGAGCAGAAGUACUGGCAUCUGGAACCAGAGCACACCUACGAGGAGACUCCUGCCACUGCCACACGGGAGCCGAUUGAUUUCUAUGCCAUGGGCCGGCGGAGAGAGGUGGAGCGUAAUGAGGGGAUUUCUGGAAAUCAUAUCUACUCUGAGGUCAACGUCCGUGGUGCUAGGGAGAUAGCUACGCUUCCCCCGGAGCCUGCACCAGCUAGACCUAGCAACACUGCUACACUUCCUGCUUCGUCAAGGACCACCCCUAACCUCCCUUUGAGGCCACCCCCGAGACACCCCAAUCUAUUUCCGCGAGCUGACAGCAGUGUGCAGAACUUCAGUGGGCCUCCGCUGUCGACCUCUCCAUCACGGGCGGGUCACUUCCAUGCCAACCCCUCUGGUCGACUUCCUCCCUCUGAUCCUUCGGCCAUCUAUGAGCAGAUUCCAGAAAGAUCGUCGGGGCCACGACCACCUCUGCCUCCCCUCAACCCCAAACACUGAUGCCCUGCCCGCGUUUUUUAAAACCCAUGAAGACAAAGUUCAAGUUCAAGUUAAUUUUGUUUUAUUGGUCUCAGUUAUAUCAUCCUUAAAAAUUGUACUGAUUCAAACUUCCUUAUUAAAACUUAUUCUCAGAUGUUUCUGGAUAAGCAGAGGGGCUUAAUAUUUUAAUGCCACAAAAAUAUUCCAAUUGCAGUACCUAGACUUCUGGUUUAAAGGUCCAGUCCUGGGUUAUAAUCCAAUAUGCAGAUUCAGCUAAUUUCUCCACACAAUCCUCAAUCCGCUGUUCUGACCAAGCAAUACACUAUUCCAGUCAAUCAAGAACAUUGCUUGUGGAGCACUGAAGGUAGGGGUGUAUUUGACUGGCUGUUGAGUUCAAAUAUCAACAGUCAUUCUCCAGAAUUGAAGAUCACACCUUUAAUAUCAGACGCAAUCCUCAAGUAGUUUCAUUAAAUCUCCAAGCCACAGUCACUUUGGACUGAGUUUACUCAAACUCCUCCCUGUGACCACCUCACACUCCCACUGCUUGCAUUUGGACAUUUAAAUACAUUCAAAUGUAACUAAGCAAUCAGUGAAAGUCCCAUGACAUGUAUGUACAUGUAAAUACAUUUAAACUGAGGAACAACAGGAUGACAUGUUAGUGGAUUGAAAUCUAGGCUCCAGGCUUUAGAACCUAAAAAUCCCUUGCUGGCGAGCAGUUCACUCAUAAACUCUGCAUGUGAUGACGCCCCCCAUAGUUGUGUAUGUAUGUACUCUUUACCCACAAACCAUCAAGGGUGCUCGUUUCACCCACAAAACCCACCCAACCCAGCGUGCACCAUUAGCACGUCAGAGGGCACAGCUCAAGCCAAAAUGCAGCCUCCACCCACACACACACAGCCCUUUAGACACACACACACACACACAGCCCUUUAGACACACACA